CCUAUCUUGCCUCUCUGCCGCGCGGCCUCGGGAGCCACAUCCCACGACUCUGCCGGGCGCGCGGAGCUGCAGCCAUGGCUGUGACCACUGAGGGCGCCCGCAGGAAGGAGCGCGUGCUCUGCCUGUUUGACGUGGACGGAACCCUCACGCCAGCUCGCCAGAAAAUUGACCCCGAGGUGGCUGCCUUCCUGCAGAAGCUGCGAAGCAGGGUGCAGAUCGGUGUGGUGGGCGGCUCCGAUUACUCUAAGAUUGCUGAGCAGCUGGGAGAGGGGGACGAAGUCAUCGAGAAGUUUGACUAUGUGUUUGCUGAGAACGGGACAGUGCAGUAUAAGCAUGGACGACUGCUCUCCAAGCAGACCAUCCAGAACCACCUCGGGGAGGAACUGCUGCAGGACUUGAUCAACUUCUGCCUCCGCUACAUGGCCCUGCUCAGACUGCCCAAGAAGCGUCCAGAUGGGGCUGGAUUGAAUUCAGGGCCUUGUCUCCUUCUCUCUGAUUCCCACCCCAUCACCACCAGUGGAACCUUCAUCGAGUUUCGGAAUGGCAUGCUGAACAUCUCACCCAUCGGCCGGAGCUGCACCCUGGAAGAGCGAAUCGAGUUCUCUGAACUGGACAAGAAGGAGAGGAUCCGGGAGAAGUUUGUGGAAGCUCUGAAAACUGAGUUUGCUGGCAAAGGGCUGAGAUUCUCCCGAGGAGGCAUGAUCAGCUUUGACGUCUUCCCCGAGGGCUGGGACAAACGCUACUGCCUGGACAGCCUGGGCCAGGACAGCUUCGACACCAUCCAUUUCUUCGGGAACGAGACCAGUCCCGGUGGGAACGACUUUGAGAUCUAUGCCGACCCCCGCACUGUGGGCCACAGUGUGGUCUCCCCUCAGGACACAGUGCAGCGAUGUCGUGAGAUCUUCUUCCCAGAGACAGCCCAUGAGGUGUGACCGCGACUCCCAGAGACCUCCGCCCAGGCUGAGAAAACACCCUGGCCCCGGUGCUCAGUGGGCGCCUGGCCCUUCCGUCUCCAGCCCAGGACGCCUGCCUCACUGCCUGCUGCAAGGCCCACUGUGACGGGGCCAGGGUCUGUGCAGACCGUCCCUGGCGGCCAGCUCCUGGUGGGACUGGCUCCACCCUCCACCCCAGUGGCCCGGGCUCCAGCUGCUGCUUGUAUUUCUGAACAGGACAGGUUUCCGUCUGCACUGGGUGGAGGUGUGCGUGAGUGUCCGUGUGAGACAGAGCCCACCCUGCCUGCCUGUCCCAAACUGGGGUGCAGGGUGGUGGGGAGGGUGUGUAUUUACUAGAACUUUAUCACAAAUAUUAAAGCUCCCAGGACAAGG